AUGCCCUAUCUCUUCCACCUCCUCCCCACCGCCGCACCCCCACAGGCAGCUAGGGUGAGUCCGCUCUCUCUGGCAGCCUGGAAUGUUCAUUCCCUUUUAGAUAAUCUGAGGAACAACCGGCCGGAGCGAAGGUUGGCGCUAGUCACUCGGGAACUGGCACGCUACAAUUUAAAUAUCGCUGCACUCAGCGAGACAGGGCUCUCCAAACAAGGCCAGCCGGAGGAGGUAGGUGCUGCCGGCACCUUCUGGAACGUUCAUCCCAAGGCAGAGCAACGUGACGCGGGCGUCGCCUUUGCCACCCGGGACGACAUCGUGGGACGAAUGUCCUGUCUGCCGCAGCGCAUCAACGAUCGCCUGACGAGCCUCCGUCUGCCUCUCUAG